AUGACUGCGGCAAAGGCCGCUGAGAGAUGCUGCCUAGUCACUGUCGGUGCGACCGUCGGCUUCCGAAAACUGACAGCCGCCGUUCUCGAGCCCGACUUUUGGCGCCAUCUGGCCGGCCACGGCUUCACGGAGCUGCGUGUCCAGUGCGGGCCGGACGAAGCAUGGGCAGCCGCGCAAGUCGAGCGCCGUCGGGACGAGAUUCCCGAAUCCUUGGCAGUGCAAGUCUUUGCGUCGCGAAACAAUCUGUUGAUGGAGGAGAUGACGCUAUGCAAAGCGUCGGGCACUGCGCGCUCAAAGGGCCUCAUUAUCGGGCACGCUGGCACGGGCACGAUCCUGGACGCGUGGAGGCUCGACGUGCCCAUGAUUGUUGUUGCCAACACGGAGCUCCUGGACAAUCACCAGAGCGAAAUGGCGCAGCACCUGGCCGCCGAGGGCUACGCAACCCAGGCCACGGCAGAGUACGUCCAUCUCCCUGUUACCGUGCUAAAACAAAAAUACAAUCCUGCUAACGCGUCCAACGCCGCCAGUCUUGCUGAUCUCCAAGCGGCCGUCGAUAAGUCCAAGCUGCUCGUGGAAGAGAACAAGAGCCGGAACCCGCCUCAUGCCGUCUCGUCCGAGCGCAAGCCGGCGAUGCGGCUGUGGGACAUUGUCCCGGCCGAGGUGCAACAGGAGCAGAACCAACAGAUGUGCACCGACUAG